ACAGCAACAAAGAGCUUGCUGAGCGGAGAGCGGCCGCGAGAGCUCGCCUUGAAGCCACCGCAUCAGCUCCCGGAGCUGCGCGUCAGCUGGAGGAAGCAGAGAAGGAGUUCUGGGGGAGGGAAGAGGGCAGAAGAUGGCCAGGAGGAGAAAAAACCCCAGCAUCAAGGAAGAGUCAUCAGAAACUCCUCCCAAUGAGGAAGAGGACCUUGGUGAAUCAAAGUCAUCUGAGCCAGAAUUCAGGAGGCCUGUUGUCGAGAGGAAUUUUACAGAUGUUCUGUGCUGCAUAAUCUUCCUACUGUUUAUUAUGGGCUACAUUGUUGUAGGACUUGUGGCCUGGGUACACGGCGACCCCAGGAGAGUGGCCUAUCCUACAGACAGCAAGGGCCACUUUUGUGGCCAGAAGGGUACCCCCAAUGAGAACAAGACCAUUUUGUUUUACUUUAACCUGUUAAGAUGUGCCAAGCCUUCUAUUCUGUUCGGCCUACAGUGCCCUACCACACAGAUCUGUGUCUCCAAGUGCCCAGAAAAAUUUUUAACCUACGUGGAAAUACAAAUUUCGUACAAAGGAAAUAAUAGUAAUUGGCUAUACUACAGUCAAUUCUGCCAACCUACUGCUGAACCUGAAAAGAGGUGUUUGCCUGACUUCUCAACCAAAAAUGGCUCUUUAACUGUAGGAAAUAAGAUGCUGUUUGAAGAUGGAAGUGGAAAAACAAGAAAUGUACUAGAACUCAGGGAGGCUUCAAAUGCUGUCAAUAAAAUCCUUGAUGCAAGGUCAAUUGGAUCAAAAGUGUUUGAGGACUACGCAGUGACGUGGUAUUGGAUCCUCCUAGGCCUAUGUACUGCUAUGAUCCUUAGUUGGACAUUUCUGAUACUCCUCAAAUUCAUAGCUGGAUUCCUCUUCUGGAUAUUUGCAUUUGGUGUACUUGGAAUUGUAGGAUAUGGAAUAUGGUACUGUUACGAGGAAUACAACAAUCUUCAGCACCAUCCAAAUUCUACACUGACUAUAUAUGACAUCGGGAUUGAGACAAACAUAAGCAUGUACUUUAAAUUGAAACAGACAUGGUUCUCAUUUUUGAUAAUACUCAUCAUCGUUGAAGUGAUUGUCAUCAUCUUGCUGAUCGCCUUCAGGAGACGAAUCCGGGUCGCCAUUGUUCUGCUGAAGGAAGGGAGCAAAGCCAUUGGAUGCAUUCCUAGUACAUUAGUAUAUCCAGUUUUAACUUUCUUUCUGCUCUUAAUCUGCAUUUCCUACUGGGUUGUGACUGCAGUUUUUUUGGCUACAUCAGGAAUACCUAUGUACACAGUUACAGCCACAGAUGAGCCAUGUAUCUAUUCAAAUAAAAUCUGUGAACCAGAGAGUUUUAAUACAACAGAAAUUCCCAAAGUUUGCCCGGGAGCUCAUUGUAACUUUGCUUUCUAUGGUGGUGGAAAGAGUCUGUACCAUGAGUACAUCAAUACCUUCCAUAUAUACAAUCUAUUUGUCUUUAUCUGGCUUGUAAACUUUGUCAUUGCAUUGGGUCAGUGUUCCCUUGCUGGUGCCUUUGCUGCUUAUUACUGGGCCAUGAAAAAACCCGAUGAUAUUCCACCAUUUCCACUUUUUACUGCAUUUGGAUACGCUUUACGAUAUCACACAGGAUCACUAGCAUUUGGAGCUUUAAUUCUUUCAUUAAUUCAAAUAUUUAAAAUGGUCCUAGAAUACAUGGACAGCCAACUUAAAAAAGCCCAAAACAGCAUUUCCAAAUUUCUACAAUGCUGCCUGACGUGCUGCUUCUGGUGUUUGGAAAAAAUGGUAAAGUUUUUAAACAGAAAUGCCUAUAUUAUGAUUGCAAUAUACGGGAAAAACUUCUGCAUAUCAACAAGAGAUGCUUUCAAUCUGCUGAUGAGAAACAUUAUAAAAGUUGCAGUUACAGAUGAAGUUACACACUUUAUAUUGUUCCUGGGAAAAAUUCUAAUUUCUGGGUUUAUAGGUAUCCUGGCCUUCUUGAUCUUCACACAAAAAAUACCAACGAUUAUACAAGGACCAACAUCUUUAAAUUACUACUGGGUACCAUUGCUGACUGUCAUUUUUGGAUCUUAUCUAAUUGCUAAGGGGUGCUUCAGCGUCUAUUCAAUGUGUGUUGAAACAAUUUUUCUCUGCUUCUUGGACGACUUAGAACGAAAUGAAGGUUCUAAAAUAAGACCCUAUUUCGUGAGUCAAUCUCUGAUGAAGAUUUUGAUGGAGAGCGAUAAAUAAGAACCAGUAGAAGAACGAACUGGUCAUCCUGCUGCGUGUUAUCUUCCCGAAUCUGCUGUCUGCGCAACACUUGUUUCAUAAGUGCUUUGUGUUUGGCGACACUGUAUUCACAACCUUGUUGGCUUGCAUUUGCAUGUUUUAUACCAAAGCUUAUAUUGUAAUAAUGUGAAGCCAUCAGAAGUUGCAAGGGAAUUGUUAAUAACAUGGAACAUUUUUAUACUAAGAUCUUUUGUUUUGUAAUUCAUUUUUAAAUAAGAGUGGCUUGGAUGUUUUGAAAAUACAUCUACUGUGUUAAUAUUCUUUUAGAUAUUAGAUUGAAAAAAGGGUACACUAUUAAAUUGAUAGCUCCUAAUAUAUUUUUAAGAUGACAACUAAAAGACUUCUUCUGCAGGGAAAAUUGGUAAACAAAGUGAAAUAAACAUUUUUAGGGCUUUCCCCACUCCUGUUUGACAGUAAACAAGUAAAAGGACCACCCACUCCAGUCUUUGCUGUCUUUAGUAUAGAAUGUUUCCUGUUAAGCAAAUUGCCAAUCAUCCAGCCUUUACUACUUCGUCUGCUGACAAAGUGCCUUACUGGCUAAUACUACCCAGCUUUUGUGGGCAAGUUUACAAACAUUGUUUUUAAAAAUUAAAAUCUGCGAUGUUUAGUGAUUAAAACAAAUCUUCUUGCAUUUGUUUUCCUCUUGCUCACUGAAUGGAACCCAUCGGUCAUUUCACCAUGUUUGAUAAUCUCACUAUUAGAGAGUUCCUUGUGUGGUGUAAACAAUUUCCCUUGUGCCUAAUGGACAUUCAUGAAUGUGUACUAUACACAAGGGAAAAAAUGAUAUUGGGUUUGUUUUUUGCUUUUUUUAAAAAAAAAAGUUUAAAACUGUAAUGUUUUCUAUAGGAUAUCUUUGAAAAUACCAUAAGACUGUAUUUCUCUGUGUUCUCUACACAUUGGAAAGGGAAACUUCUAGCAAUUACAAAGGGAAACUUUACCCAUGAAAGGGUGCUUACAGACAUCAUGUACUGAAAAGGCUCCAUUAUAAAUGAUUGCUUAUUCUCAUCAAAACCUGUUUUAUAUGUGCCAUUUCAUUUUCUAACUUUUGAUACAAAACAGUUUACUUACAAAAUGUUAAUUUUUAUUGUGCCAAUAGAAACAGAAACAGUUUUGAAUUCAGUUUUAAAUAACUUUACUAGCACUACUAACUUUAAAGAAGAUUGAUUCAGUGUUGUAUUUGGUGUAAAAGCAAGGGUUCAUAAAAGUAUUCACCCUAAGGAUAUGUCAAUCAGAUAAUGAUAGUUUGUGAAAGAUUUAGGAAUCAAUCAACAGUAAGUUACUAAUGGUUUAUCUAUUAUCACAUUUAUUUAGAUGUGACUUUAGAUACGUUUAUGCCAAAAAUAAACUGACAUGAGAACAUAACAGUCUGAGCUCUAUAAUCAGUGUGCUUCUGCAGUGCAGAAGUGUUAGGAACCCUUAUUUGAACAUAUUUAAUAACUAAAAUGUUUAAUACUUAAUGGGAUUUGUUGUUACUCAUUGCUUUAAAUAUAUUUGUUUUCUAAUAGAUAUUUAGAUUAAAAACUAUCUGCCUUUUGUUUCUUUAAUCUAGAAAGAGAGAAAAGCUUUUGUUUUUUUAAAUCCUCCCAUACUAUAACAUCAUCUUCUCUGUACUAAGCAUCUAGGGUUGUUAAAGAAUAUCUAUAUUUUUAAAAUUUUCCCUUGGUAAAUCAAGUAAUUGAAACUAAAGAUUUAUCCAAGUUAAUUAUUCAAAUAUAAAUGAGUUAAAAAUGAUGUUUUUAAAAAACCCAAACAAUGGCCUAAACUAGUUAAUUGAUUUUUUAUUUUAAUUUGCCAAAGGUCUGCUCACUCCCUCAUUUGGUUUUUCCAGCUUCAUAAGAAGAAAAUAUCAUUCCUAAGGCAUGGAUAAAUUUAGAGACCCUAAAAAUAUGUGAAGAAUAGUUCACGGUAGUUUUCUAAAACAAGAUUAAAUGAACCUAAUACUGGUCUACCUUAAGCUAAAAGAGCAUCUUUUUCUUUCUUUUUUUUUAAGUUGAAUUAUGUGUUAAAUCUUCAAAAUUAAUUUUCUUUUAAAAUUUAAUGGAUUUCUUUCAAAAGUAAAAUAAAACGAUGUUCUUGCCAUUUUCAGUGUUCUUUUAAAAUGUUAAAUAUAAUAAGAUGUUUAUUAACACAGGUAACAAUUUUCUCUUUAUUUGAUGUUAAAAAUAUAGUUUGGUUUCUAGGAGAAAUCCAAAUUGUGCUUUAGAUCUUAUUACCUCUUACUUUGGGCUGAUAAAGCACUGAUAUUUGCAAAUAAAUUGUAUGUAAUUGGACUAUAA